GGGAAAACCGAUGACUGAGUGUAUGGACAAACUGAAUUUAAACAUAAACAUAAAAAAGAUAUGUUAAAUAUGAGGCCCCAUUGCGUCUGCACCAACCUGAUCCAAAGUGUUUGUUUUUUAACUUUUGCCACAAUUUUAGCCAAUUGUUUAGAAAUUCUGGAAUGCUACAAAUGCUCAGUAACUGUGGAAAAAUUUUUUAUUGACAAUGUAACCAUUAUUACACCAUUGUGUUCAAAAUUUGAAAAGUCAUCGCACUAUAUGGCUAAAUGCCCAUAUUCCACAAUGUGCUUGAAAACUAUUUCCACAUUGCAUCUUCAAAAUGGACAGAAACAAGAAACUAUAACAAGAGGCUGUGCUCAGCAAAAAAAUACGACUCAGGUUUUUCGCAAUAAGCAAUGGGAGCAAGAACAUUUAGUACAGGAAGUGUACAAAGAAGGAUGCACAGAAAUUCAAGUUAACAACUUAGCCGGAUCUACAAAUAUCCAUUGCUAUUGUCGUGGCGAAUUAUGCAAUUCGUCCAAUAUCUGCAGUUUCAACAAAAAAUUGUUAAGCCCAAUAAUAUUACUCAGCACCAUGGCUCUUAUCAACACAACAUAAUGCCUCUAUAAGCUGACUUCAAAUGAAUUGCAUUUUUUGUUAUUAAUAUUGACAAUUAGAAUUAAGUUAAAAUUUUGUUUGUGGAACUUAAGUACGUUUUUCCUAAGAUAAUUUUUUUCUUUUAAUUCAAGCAAUCUUAGCAAAAGUGUUGUUAUUGAACUGUAAUACCCUUGUUUUUAAAAAUAUUAAAACAAUCUGCAUAAUGAAAAUUAAAAUGUUCAUAUCAAAUUUGGGAGACACCCCACAUGGUCAUGAAUAAACCAUAUAUUUACCCUCUGUUCAAAAAUAUACCAAACGCAUUAGGCAUUAAAACAUCAACACGUUUUACACUGAUUCAAAUUAAUGUGAGUUAAUGUUGGUAAUAGUUCUGCUAUUGACGGCUAAGUAU